AUGCCGCCAGGCUCUCCGUCGCGGCACGACAGGCUGCACGAACGACGUUCGACAGACAUCUGGACCGAGGAGCACGCAGCGCCGACGCUCGCCGACGUUGUCCUUCCUCCCCGCCGCCGGCUACGGGACGGCACCCGCGCCUCGAGCCCGAAACGGGCGCGCACCCGCUCUACACGAUCCGGCACGUCGACCGACGUCGAGGCUGUUGACGAGGAACAGCAACGUCGACUACCACGCUUACGCAGGCGUGAGCGGGCUGAUCCUCGCAGCGCUUCGCCCGAUCGACCACUACCACAAACUGAGGAAGGCCCUCCACUUUCCCCACAUUCACCUCCGCACGACCCGGUCGCUGCCCAGGACGCCUUCGUUCCGUUCGCCAGUCCAAGGACCGCUCGCAGCACGAGUAGUGACGACCUGCCGCGCCGCUUUACAGCCCAGGAGAAGGGCAAGGGACGUGCAAUGACGCCGGAAGUGAUCGAGAUUCCGGACGACGAGCCGGGCAUGGACGAGAGCAUCCAGUUUCUGGACCAUGCGCCGGCUCCACCCCGGCCAGUGAAGGAGGUGCAGAGCGCCAUUGCUGAAGAUGACGCGCUGAGUGCUUUCAGUGAGCUACCUUCUCCUACCCGAGCUAACAUCAGACUGCCCCGUGUGCUUCUGCCCGCCGACAGCGCCGGCACUGACGCCGUGCGGGCAUGUGCUGUGCUACUCGUGUCUGCACAGUUCGAUGGUCGCCUCGCUCGGACGACAAGUGAACCCCUGGCCGGACGCGCCUAG